AUGACCGUCGGACUUCCCAAGACCAUGCGAGCUCUCCAGUACUCGGGACCCAAAAAGCACAGCAUCGUUGAGGUUCCUCUGCCUACGCUGCGUGAGAAUGAUAUCCUGAUCAAGGUCAAGGCAUGCGGAGUCUGCGGUACUGACCUGCACAUCCAUGAGGGCGAGUUCAUUGCCAAGUUCCCCCUCAUCCCUGGCCACGAGAUCGUGGGUGUUGUGGCUGCCCUCGGCCCUAAGGUUCAAGGCUUCGAGAUCGGAGAUCGGAUAGUAGCCGAUAAUUCAGAAUUGUGUGGUUCUUGUUUUUAUUGUCGCCGUGGUGAAGAACUCUUCUGCGAGGACUUCCAGGCUCGUGGCGUGACGAUGGAUGGCGGAUUUGCUCCUUUCGUUCGAGCGCCCGUUGGCCGCGUUUUCAAGAUCAAGAACCUGUCCGAUGUCGAUGCCACCCUCCUCGAGCCCGCUUCCUGUGCCGCCCACGGCUUGGACAAGAUUGCUCCGAAGAUGGGUUCCUCCGCUUUGAUUUUUGGUGCCGGUCCCACCGGUCUGAUGUUGGCUCAGAUGUUGCGCCAGAACGGUUGCUGCCGUGUCGUCGUUGCUGCCCCUGCUGGUUUAAAGAUGGAGCUCGCCAAGAAAGUGGGUGCUGGCGAUGAGUACGUCGAGCUGUCACGCCAAGAUUCUUCUUCUCAGUUCGCCAAGCUAAAGGCAGACAACCCCUACGGCUUUGAUAUCGUCGUCGAGGCCACUGGUAGCGUCAGCAUCCUCGAGGAUUCUAUCAACUUCGUCCGGAGAUCAGGCAAGUUGGUAGUUUAUGGAGUUUACUCCGAUGCUGCACGUGUUUCUUGGCCUCCUUCGAAGAUUUUCGGUGACGAAAUCACCAUCAUUGGCUCGUUCUCGGAGACCUACAAGUUCCCCGCUGCCAUUUCCUAUCUGGAUUCUGGAAAGGUAAAAGUCGAGGGUAUCGUGAACAAAGUCUACAAGAUUGACCAGUGGGAAGAGUGUUUGGAGGCCAUGCGCAACAAGAGUGCGAUCAAGGCGGCUAUUGUCUUCGAUUAG